GUAAGCAGAUUUUCCCUUCCACUUAUUUUCCCUACCAAAAAAACACAACAGCCAUCUACACACAUUUGAUCAUUUCUCACAUAUUUUUCCAUCCCCAAAAAACCAAAGAAAAAACAGAAAGAAAGAAAGAAAGAACAAAAAAAAUGGCAGUUCUAAAUUGCCACCUCUCAGUAACACCAAAAUCUCAAGAAUCAUCAACAAAUUCAUCACCAACAGUACCAACCAAAAUAAUUCUUCCAAAAAAGAAGCCUAUGAAAUGGUCUACUGGUGAUGCACCAGGUGAAUAUGGUGGCCCACCUACUACAACUAAGUUAAGGAGGUAUUGGGGUAAAGAUGAAGAUCCUCUUACUUCUGAUGACUUUAUUUGGAAUAAAGAAUUUAUGGGUCGUAUGAAAAAAUAUGUUCAAGAAAAUGAUACUGCCUCUCGCUUUAAUCCUGUCAAGGAAGAGCCAUCUGGAUUUCUUAGCUUAAACAGAGUCAUGAGUCUUGACAGUAUGGAAAUUGACUUAACCGAGAAGCUAAUAGCCCCUUCUAAACCUAUGCUAGACCCUCAAGUCAAUGAAAGUCAAGCUAGUGUAAGUGCAUCUCAAAAAUGGAGACCAGCACCAACACGACGCGAGCAAGAGAAGUGGGAUAGGGCUGCAAAGGCUGCAACUGGAGGCAGUGAAGUGUUGCUCCGAGAAACAAGACGCUCAAAAGAGGACCCAAAUAUUUUGGCUGCUCAGUCGGAAGCGCAGUAUCUUAAGUUGAAGGACAAACUACAGUUGCUCACCCUAGGUAUUGGUGGUGUUGGCAUAGUUUCAGCAUAUGUCUCUUAUUCUCCUGAAAUCGCAGCAAGUUACGGUGCUGGGCUACUUGGUUCAUUGAUGUACAUGCGUAUGUUGGGGAACAGUGUGGAUUCUCUAAGGACAGAUGGACCCAAAGCGCUUAUCAAGGGAGCAGCUGGGCAGCCAAGGCUACUGGUUCCUGUUGUUUUGGUCAUGAUCUAUAACCGGUGGAAUGGGAUCCUUGCGGCGGAGUAUGGAUUGAUGCACCUUGAGUUGAUACCCAUGCUAGUGGGGUUCUUCACUUACAAGAUUGCAACUUUUGCACAAGCAAUUGAGGAGGCAGUGACAAUUGUAGGGAAGAAGACAGAAACGUAAUGUUAAUACGUUAUAGGUAUAGUACCAAAGUCCCCCUUAUAGGAUUUGAUAAUUUUUGUGUCAAUAUUGUUCGGUUCGAUUUUUUCAAAGUUCAGUUCGGUGUUUCGGUUUCGGUUUUUUGAAAGUGGAAACCGAACACCGCACCGAAUUAGUUCGGUUUGGUACGGUGUUUUGAAGUUUGGUUCGGUUUCGGUUUUUUGACAUUGGUUAAGCAAUAGUCACCCGUUACUAGAUGAUUCAUGAUCAAGUAUCAACAGCCGCCGCAGCAGCCAGCAGCAGCUGCCCGCAACUGCAGCCACAAAUUCCUAACUUUUUCAUUUUGAUUCAACCAUUUGUUCAACGUACAUGUAAACAUAUAUUAUCCUGAAGGAAGGUUUAGUUAUGAUAAAA